UCUAGGGGUUCGAUGUCCUGUUAUUAUAUUUUGUUUGUUAUGCUUUUGUUUUUGCUUUAAUGGGUGGAAAAAAGUUUAAUUGACUUGAAUUAAGUUUUAUUUUGUGUUGCUAUGAGAAUUCGUAGCUUUAAAUUUGUGUUGUGGUGAUGCCUGAUUGUUUCAAUUAUACAUCUUGGAAACUCUGCGCUGUUUGUUAAUUAUUCUGGUUUAGCCUCUCCUCCCUCCAAUUUUUGUUGGUUUCUUCAGACUAAUAUCAAUCCAGGCAUUUCAAAUGCUCCUGUAGAUUUGUGAAAACUUAAAAUAUAAUAUGUGAGUGCUCAGUGUAGGUUUAUGAAACUUCAAAUGGCAAUUGAUUCCAGUUUUGCCUUGCUAAUCUGUACCUUCUGGGCGUUUGUUUCACAUGAUUAGUUAUUUAAUUAUCAAUUAAUGGAUUGAAAAUAUUUAUUUAACAAAUAUCUAAGCUACCUUCUCUUUGAAGCCAGCCAUUUUUCAUCUUGAAGUCCAUUGAUUAAUAAAAGGUGUUGUUUGACAUCUGGGGAACUGCAAAGGCAUGAAGGUCUAGUAUAUGUGGGAUGAUAAUAGAAUGCAAAUGGAGUCACAGGUUCCUAUGGACUGUGAGGCAUGCUUCCUUCCUGAGAAUCCUGGAAGUAAGGAUGGGAAUUCUUGUGAACCCUCAUCCUCGCACGAUCACAUCUCUCCACAGCAGCCAGUGAAAAAGCAACCACGGCAAUGGGCAGCUUGGACUCGUCAGGAGGAAGAAAGCUUUUUCACCGCAUUGCGUCAUGUUGGCAAGAAUUUUGAGAAAAUUACUUGCCAGGUCCAAAGUAAAAACAAGGAUCAGGUCAGACACUAUUACUACCGGCUUGUGAGGCGGAUGAAUAAGUUGCUGGGUCCUGAACUUUGUCUUGAUGCGAAAAACUCGAAAGAUACCAAUGCUGCAAUGCUACGAUGGUAAAUAUUUACUUUCUAUUAAUUUUUUCUUGAGUAAAAUUUCAUACUUAUAAGUCAUAAACUAAAAAAAAAAAAUGUUAAAUAUAAACAUUUGCCUUUUACAAUACAAGUAAACUUUAGAUUAUGGACUUUAGUUCAUUGAAACAUUAUAUACCCUCAAAAUUUAUUAUUAAAUGAAUUUCAUAUUAAUCGUUAUAAUAUUAUAGAAGAAUAUUAUAAUAUUCUUUUUGGUCGUUUGAUAUUUAUUUUACUUAUAAAUAACUAUUUUGUUUAAUUACAUAGUAUAUUUAUCUAAACAUAUAAUUUGGAAAAGAAAUAUACUUAUAAAUAAAAUAAGUAAAUUUAUAUGAUUAAAAUUUCACCUAUGCCAAUCGAGUUCUAUACAUGUCAAUUUAUAUGGUUGCAGUUUUCUUCGAGCAAAUUAACUACAACUAAUUGUAGAAAAUUCUAUUGUUAGUUCAUAAGGGCAUUU